AUGCUAGAUGCCCAUGGUCCUACUGAUAGAACUAUGGACAAAAAUGCCCGUGGUACUACCAGUAGAACCUCGCAGCAGGGCCAUGGGCCAAAUAUAGCGGUCGGAGGCGCUCAGUGGUCGGCUGUCAAAGUCAGCGUCAGAGCUGUCAUGUGCGGCGCCAGCGCCGACAUCGCCACCGCCACGCGCGAGAUCCGCGCACCACCACGCGCCGCUGUCUGUGGUGCACCGCACCACGCACUUCUUCACCAACUUAAAAAGCCGAUGGCAGCGCAGUCGCAGCCGGGAGCGGUGCCCGGCCGGCACUGCCUUCUCGCUGGCUCCAGGCCCGGACAGCAGUGGGACGGAGUAUGCUGCAGACCAGAGCUCAGAGCACAGCACUCCUGCGCACUCGCCCCGGCAUAA